GAGUCUUCGAAGCGUCCUGCGGAGGUCACGGCAUCCUGAUAGGAUGUCCAGCAUUGCAGGUAACAGAAGAUAGCUUGCUUCAACUCAAUACGAAUUAAAUCAAUCUCCGUAGGCCGAUCAGCUUGCCUGACGUACUGGGCUGAAAGCGCGUGCUUCUAAGGUUAAUGUGGCGCGGAUGCCGAAGACUCAGCAGUGCCGGUUGCCGAUGGUUCGUAGAAAACAGAUGCCGAGGCCAACGAAGCCGUUCUGGAUGUACAUUGGUCCGAUGAAACAGCCACGCUGGGAGUUACAGCCCCCCAAAACAACAAGAACUACGUUCUUCUCUAUUAUCACUUAUUGAAUCAUCAGAGCCUAAUUAACAAUGGCAGUGGUGCAGAGCCAGAUGAUGUUCCUGGAGCCGUGGGCUGGGAACCAGGAAAGCCCAUACAUAAGGGGGCUGACCACUGAGGAAUACCCCCGUCAGAACUUCAGCAAUCUAGAGUAUGCCGUCAAGUUUCACAGUGCUAGACCGGAAAAAGACAAUUUCAAGCUUGAUACGCACGGUUUUGAGUUUCACAGCGAUGCCGGCAUCGACGAGGAGCUAGUCAGCGCAAUUCAGCGCAAGGACAAGCCUUUCAUAGCCGAGAAGUACUACCCUGUUGUUGAAGAUAUAGUGAAGAGUAAGACGGGAGCACAGAGAGUCAUCAUCUUCGAUCAUACCUAUCGAAGGCGAGAUCCGUCGCUGGAUCCUAACGUGAAUAAGGAUGGCAACGAGCAACCCGCGACUUUGGCCCAUGUGGACCAAUCUGAGAUUGGGGCCAUAGGUCGAGUCAAGCGUCACGCAGGGGAGGACGCGGAAAAGCUCCUCAGGGGAAGAGUGCAGGUAUUGAAUGUCUGGCGUCCUACCAAUGGGACAGUGGAGGACUGGCCCCUGGCGUGCAUGGAUUACCGCAGUGUCCAGCACACCGACAUUCACCCAACGAACAUCUUCAAGGAACGCUAUGAAAGGGUCGGGCAAACAGUUUCAAUCAACUACAACACUGGUCAAAUAUGGUACUACCUCCCGGAUCAUAGAACAGACGAGGUAACAAUCAUCAAGAUCUGGGACAGCAAAGAGGAUGUUGCUAAGUUAUGUCCCCAUGGGGCUUUCCCAUAUCCUCAUGCUAAUAAAGGGGCGAAACCCCGUGAGAGUCUCGAAGUGAGAUGCUUGGUUUUCUAUGACGAGUGA